AUGCAAGAUAGCCCGUCGUCAGGCAUGGAUAUCCCAUCGCCGCUGCAUAUAAUAAAGAGAGGAAAGUCAAUGCAGAUCCUCCGCUACACCCCUAGGAAGAUCAGCAACGAAAGUGUUGAUGAUGGUCCUAAUCGGCCAUUAACCAUUGUAAAAAAUCGGAAAUAUCAGAGUAGAUCCAUUAUAAGAAAACCUUCUACUCGUGUUGAGGACCCAGUUCUCGACCGAAGCUUUCGGGAGCAAUCGGGGUGCGUUGUCGCGAAUACUGCGUCGAAUAGUGCUUGGGAUCCCAUCACUCCGAAACCUAAAAAAGUUUCAGUAUCUCGCCGGUCAUCAAGCUUAUAUGCUGGACGACCGACAUCUCCUACAUUUCUCUCGAGGCUACGGUCAUUAUCCACUCGCAAGACCCUAUCUUCCAAAGCCGCUUACUAUCAGCAUAAUUUGCAGGCUUUUAGCAGCUCCCCAGAUGAGUCAAUACUCAAGCCUUCUAACGGAUGCGCAACGACCAGUUCAUGGGAUCAGUCGUCGAAUUCUGACUAUUCAAUACCUCCUACACAUCCUAAUGAAUUCGAGACAAACAGAUUCGAUAGCCGCUCUUUCACAAGUGCCCAAGGACUGGAUGGUACUUUCCCUGAUCCCUACGUACUCGUCCCGCACGUCUCCAUUAUAUCGGAGUCGAAAUUUUUAGAAGAUGGACAAUCGAAUAUUUGGGCAGCUAUUGAGAUAUCGGGUCGACUGUUCCAUCCCCGGGCCGAUGACUCAACAUAUGACGCCGACCAGGUUCCUUUCACACCCGUUCACCAUCACGACAUGGGUUUAUCAAGAUAUGGCUACCUAUAUAACAUAAGGAUAGAUCUUUUACCAGUCUCGGAAGGCAGUAUUGUCGAUCUUAUAGGUGAUACUACGAUCAGGACAUUAAGCCCCGGCUCUAGCCUCCUCCUAUUAGCCUGUGUCCGGCUAGGGAGUUCAAAAUCCAGAAAAUCAAGAGCAUCUGUGGAUGAUCCUGAUAGUCUCAUUGCCGACCUUGAAAACCAACUGGGGAGUGCCCAGACCGAAUACCUGCAAAUCAAGGUUCAUUACUGUCAUUCGGGAUUUCCUGCAUUCGGUGACAAUAUUACUGAAGACGAUGCUGAAGGCAAUGUUUCGACGUAUCAAACUCGAUUAGAAACGGCAGUGAUAGGGACCAUAAAGCAGCAUACUUCAACGUCUGCGUGGUCUCCUCGACCGAUUUCUAUAACCAAUCCUUUAUUUCCUAUUAUUGCUUCCCACUGGGGACCAAUUCGUGCCAACGAAGCCAUGCAAAGAAUCAUAUCGAAUCGUCCGAGCUCCCACAGGGCAGUUAGAUGGAUAGGAAUGGAACAUCCCGACAGAAUUGAAGAUAUCCUCCAAGUACCAACCCGGACAGGAACAGCUCCUCCCGUCCCCCAACGGCAGGCUAGUCUCAAGCGGUUGUCCCCGGAAAGAAUCUCCGACCCGGCCCGGAAAAUAUGGACAGAACUGCGCCGGACGUCCUCCGGCAACCGCCCAGCCUCUCACGUAAGCAAAGUCAACCGACUCUCCGCCGCUACGACUUUUGUGGAGGCGCCUAACUCCAACGCAACCAUACACCCGGGGUCAACGCGGCCCGAGUCUAGGUCCGAAGUUCAGCGGCAGCGGGAGAUUAUACGGGAGACUGCAGUGCGCAAUAGAAGGUCUAUAGGUGCCGAUAGUCUGAAGAGCUUGGUGCCGUCGGUGAUCGAUACAGAUCCGGGAAGUAGGGACGAUAGCACUCUUAGUUCCCCGAGCCCACCAGGUAAACAAGAGGUGCAGUGUGACAAACGUAAACGGGAGGGGCGUUGGAGUUUAGGAGGUUGGUGGUGA